GGCGGGCUUCCAUUCCAUAUAUACAUAAACCUAUAAGUAUAUAUAAGUAUAUAUACAUAUAUACGAUAUAUAUCGUCUAUUUGACGAUAUAUAUCGUCAUAUAUAUAUAUACAUGCAACUCGCAGGGCUCUUGUGAGUAUAUUCUCUGCCAUGGCAACGACUGCCACGUCAGUCACAAACAGGUGCUUACAGAUGGGGCUGUCGUCGCGCUUGCUUUCGUUCGGAGGGGUGUCGGCCAAGACCUACAGAUAUGUCAUCAGGAGCAGCAGCGGCUGCAGGUACCCCUUUCGGCUUACUUCCUCUAGAAAUCUACGGUUCGUAUCCUCUGGACAAAAUGCUCAUGACAGGUGCAUUAGCGGUGGGAGUAGUGGGGGAGGCGUUGUACGACAGCAUGGCGCUCUGCUGCAUUCUGCAGCAGCAGGUGAGGCUGAUGAUCUGCCACGUGGGAGCAGGUAUUCCCAAGCAGCAGCUUGUCAAGCCUUUGCUGGAGGAGGCGGUUUAGGCGGAGGAGGGGGGUUCACACCCCUCAAUCCCCUUCUCUCUCUCUCACAGUUUACCGACGGGCUGGGUCUGAUGAGGCAACAGCAGCAUCAGCAGAGAGGAAUGAUGUUCUCCUCCCCUUCCUCCUCCUCCUCCUCCUCCUCCUCCUUGUUUGGGGAUUCGCCGGCGCUUGGUGGCCGUCGGAUGAUGAGCACGACGACUGCCGCGUGGCCCAAUGGUGUGGUCACUGGGGAUCCUUUGGCAGAGAUUGGUCGGAAGGGGCAAGAAGGGGAGGGAGGGGCGGAAGAGGCAACGGCGAAUCGUGUGGAGGACGGGGGGGGAGGUGGAAAUCCGCGCGAGCUGGUGGGCGAUGACAACGAUGCCGGCCGAGCAGAUCAAGAUCAUGAUGUCGUGGCUCAUUCUGCACCGUCGGAUCUCGAGGGAGAUCUCUCUGGUGCAUUGGAAUUGCCGGAGAAGGUUCCACAUCAGCACCAGCAGCUGCUGCAGCAGCAGCGCUCUGUUGAUAAGGACGAUGAAGACACUGAUGACCUUGUCUUGGAUAUGGAGGAGAGCAGUGGUACUGAAAUUCCCGCCCACCCUUGGCCGGAAUGGAAGCAGUUUCUCAUGCGGCUGCGCAGUGGGGGAUACUUCGACGAAGAGUCGGAAUUUGCACCGCACACGCGAGAUGUCACUGUGGCCGUGUAUGAAGACCCCCAUCCGCUCAAAAAGGCAUCCCUCAAGUUCGGUCGUGAGCGAGACGACCUUUUCGAGGGAAUGCCAGUGAAACUGCUGAAGGUCAUUGCCGAUGCAGCCUGUCCAGACUUGGAUAGGAAGGUCAUCAACUCUGCAAAGCGCUUGCGGGCGUACGUUGGCGUCAAGGAAUCCUCGGUUUGCGACAAGUGUGAGCGGGUGGGUGACUGUGAGAGGAGGUACAUGGAAGCCCAGGGAGAAGCCGGCACUCCUGAGGUGGUCCGUCUGCUGGUUGUCCUUGCCCGGCAGAUGGCAGAUUUUGGAUCUGUCCCUGAUAACAUUGCGUCUGCAGCAAGGGCAUUGCUGGCUGAUAUUGCAGAGCGCAGUGCCACUCCUCGCGAUCCCUUACUUCCUCGUAAGAUCCCCAUGGUUCCUGAGCCAACCCUAAAGGGACAAGCCAGGGGCUAUCGGGACGAUGACAGGAGAGAGCGCCGAUACGAGAGGGGUGAUUCUCCAAGGCGGGGGCGAGGGGAGGACAGAGAUUUUUCUCCAAGACGGGGGCGAGGGGAGGAGGGAGAUUUCUUUGCGAGACGGGGUAGAAGGGACGAUGGAGAUUUCAGAAGGCGAGAAGACAGACCUACACGAUCUUGGGACGACGCUGCUACCAAGAUUGAAGCAAAGCCAGGCGAUUGGCAAUGCUCAUCAUGCCAUUUUGUCAAUUUUGCACGGAACAGCGAGUGCCGCAAUUGCAACACUGACAAGAAGGAGGCCUCGCCAGUCUAUGUCGCAGGCCAGCGGGUUGAAAUGAAGCCAGGCGACUGGAAAUGCCCCUCAUGCAAUUACAUCAAUUUUGCAAGAAACGACGAAUGCCGAGGAUGUGGAGUAGAGAAAGAGGAUGGGGGGGGUUCCAGCCGAGGGUCAUACGGGGAUGACAGACGAUCUUCUGGAAGAGGGGGUUACAGUGACGGAUACGGGAGGGAGAGGGACGAUAGGUAUGGGGGGGGUAAUGACCGCCGAGGUGGGAGGUUUAGCCGUGGUGAGGGAGGCGAACGGGGGGGAAGGGGUGAUCGUCGUGGCCACGACCGUGAAUUUGGUGGACGGGGUGACCGUGGUGGCAGCUAUGGCGAGAUGAGCAGCCGUGGUAGGCAACAGGACUCGUUUUCCGAGGGGGGUCGAGGAGAACGCACUGGUGAGCCGAGGGCGAAGAAGUUCGAAGAAUGGACGCCUGAUUUCAGCUCUCCAGAUGGGUCUUUGGAGAGCAGCAACGAGGGUGACGAUAACGUCGAGCAGAGAAUGUUUGAUGCGCAGCGCGGAGUGAAUGGGAGCAGAAGUGAGAGGGGCGAAGAAUAUGCCGGAAGGGGGCGUGACAUCGAUGAUGAUGGUGUCGCGGAGAGAACUUACCGCCCUCCACAAGGUGGCCGAGGAGGCCAAAGUGAAAGGGGUAGGGACUACGGAGGAAGGGGGGGUGGCGGCAACGGAUACGAGAGGAGGAGUAAUGGGGGUAGAGGAGGCCGAAGUGACAGCGGAAGCAGGUGGUAUGGUGGGGAUGGCAACGAGUCGGGUGGGAGAAGAGGAGGUGGUGGUCGUGACCGUGAUGAUCGCUCACAGUUCGGGCGAGAGCGCGGAGGUGGUCGUGGUGGAGAAUCGAGGGCAAGAGGAGGUAGGGGAGGUGGUCGUGGGCGCCGGUAAUGAUUAUCUGUUGGUAGAUAGAACUCAGGGACCUCGCGGCGGGAUGACGAAUACCUGCUGUUGGUGAGUAGGGCUUUUGCGGGAGCUAACAAGGUUUCGACUUUUCACAGAGGCCACAAGUGACUGAAGAACAGUUAAUCUCAUACUUCAACUGUACUUGAGAAAAAAAAGGUUUGGUGCACUUCCGAGGACGCAACUCACACUAGGACUUGUUCGACGAAGCUGUGGACAUGAUUGCAGUCAGAUCCACCCAGGUCUGGCCGUAAUUGCUUGCUGCCGGUCCGAUACAUUUAGGAAGUUUCAAGUGUGAGUAUGCCCUGAGUGGUGGUAGGUUAAGAGUGAGUGAGUGAGUGACUUAUCGACGAAGGGGGAUUGUUCCAAGAGCACUGUCUGGGUAUGUAAUAUGUAUUGCGGACGGGACAGGUCAGCUGUCUUUGUGGCUUACAUGGCAGGCAGGAUAGCGAGGGGAGUGCGUGGAGGGAGGGGAGAAAGGGGAGCGAUAGAACGGAAGGGAGAAUACUGAGAAGGGUGGGGCAUUCAAGUUGGGCACUUUCUGUUGGCAUGCUGUCGUGUACGGGGAUAUAUAAUUUUUUUUCUGUCGGUGCGUUGGCCUGCGCAGGCAAGUAGGAGGUAGGAGCUGACAUGAUGGAGGACUGAGGUGGGUCAUAGAUACUACUUCAUAGUACUUCAUACGGUUAGGGAUCUUCGAGUGUAACAGAUUUGCGGCACGAUGACAUAAAGAUAUGGUAAAGAAACG